CAAACUUGUUUUGCCCCGCCCACUGCGUCUGAUUGGUGUUUCCAUGAUGGCGAAUCUCCGCCCUGCGCUCUGGGUGUACCAAGAUGGCGGCGCGCAUGGUGACCCGGUGUUCUGUGAGAUGUGCCCGGGCUCUGAGCUCGAGGGCCCCCGCUCCCCAGAGCCGGCUGUAUGAGCACGGGAGGGAGGGCUACAGCCACCGGCCCCAGCUGGACAUGGAGAGCCUGAGCCGGGACCUGGAGAGAGCCCAGCGGGAGAUACAGGACAGGAAGGGCGGGGAGCAGGACCUGGGGGGGCUGGUAAGGGGGAGCAGGACCUGGGGGGCUGUAAGGGGAGACUGGGGCCGGUGCAAGGGGAGACUGGGGGGCUGGUAAGGGGGAGCAGGACCUGGGGGCUGGUAAGGGGAGACUGGGGGCUGUAAGGGGAGACUGGGGCUGGUAAGGGGAGACUGGGAGCAGGACCCGGGACUGGGAGCAGGACCUGACCUGGGGCUGGUCUGGGAGGGGAGCAGGACUUGGGGGAUGGUAAGGAGGAGACUGGGAGCAGGACCCGGGGCUGGUAAGGGGAGACUGGGGGCUGGUAAGGGGGAAAGAUGCUGGGGCUGACAGGAGGGUCUGGUAAGAGAGGACUGGGGGUGGGCCUGACAGGAGGGUCUGGUGGGAGAGACUGGGGUGGGCUGACAGGAGGUCUGGUAAGAGAGACGGGGCUGGACAGGAGGGUCCGUAAGAGAGACCGGGAGGGCUGACAGGAGGGUCUGGUAAGUGAAACCUGGGGCUGACAGGAGGGUCUGGUAAUAGAGACUGGAGGGGGGGGGCUGACAGGAGUGUCUGGUAAGAGAGACCUGGGGGGCUGACAGUAGGGACUGGGGGUGAAAGACUGAGGGGCUUGUUAGAGGGUAAUAACUCAAGGUGGAGAGACACUGGGGAUGGAAAUGGACUCUGAGGGGUGUGUGUGAGAUACUUGUGGGGGGGGGGGUAAGACUGGUCAAGGGUGGGGAACACAGAGGAAGAGAGGAAUAGAUACUGAGAAGAGAAGUAGAGAGACUUGGUUAACAGAGAGUUCUGAAGGGAAAAGUAAAGAUUAGAGAGAUUGACUGGAAAGCCAGUGGUGGCAGUGAGAGUUGGGUUGGGGCUGUAUGUUGGAAAAGUCAGGGGACGGCAGCUAUGGAUGAUGGAAUUUGGUAGAGUGUAAGAAAAUUAGGCAGUGGUGUGAGAGUAUGGAAGGCAGUAACAACGAGAGAGCUUUGGUGACAGUGACAGACAUCGGUAGGGGAGGGGCUUCUAGGGUGGUGGUGAGAGAGAGAUUGGAGGGACCUCCAGGUGGUGCAGUGAUGACACUGUUGAAUAAUAACAAAGUGUGGGGGGAAAGUUUAAGUGAGUUAAAUUGUUAUAGUGGGAGGGGGGAUCUUUAUCCUGUCACCCUCACAGGACAUUCAUUUAUACUAUUAGGUCAGGACGUGGGAGCAGCUGCAGAAAAUCAGACAGGACAUUCAGAAACUGGAAGAUGAGAAGACCCAGAUGGCCAACGAAGUGAAACAUCUAGUGGUGAGUAACUCCAAUGGCCACGUGUCGGGCACUUGCUGUCAUCGCUGGGGACAUGUGACAGGAAUUGAUACACACACACAGACUGGCUGGUAUGGAUAACUGAAUAAAAAUGUUCUAUUGUGUGAAAUGUAAAAACCAUAUAACUUGUUUUGACUAGACCCAGCAGAUGCUCUCAGCCAAUGAGAGGGCCCUGCUUGGCUCUCUAGAGCGAAGGUGAUUCUGUAUGAAGACAGGACUCAGGGGCUGAGAGUAUCCAGCAUGUUGUCACACCUCUCUCAGAUGGGUGACUAAUCUAUCAUGGGAUGGGAUCAUAACUACUACACUGGGCUGAAAGGGUUAGGGUGCUUGGAGUGUUCCUUGAACAGAGAUGCUGAUGUGGGCUUUUUUUUCUUCUUCUUUUUUUUUUUUUGCUGUUUGUUACUCUUAGAGCGGAUUCCUGGUAAAUGUAUUUCUUUGUUCAAUCCACAGCUGACGCACACCAAAGAAACCUUGGAAAAGGUACGUUCAGCAAAGAGCCAUGCCGCACUUUAGUCCUUGGUGUUUUGUGUGGGGUGUUGUUUCCUGUCUCCUCUGUGUUAAUCUGCCAUUGUUCUGUAUACUCUGUAUCUUUGUGGAAUUAUUUUUAGUUUUCUGUAAGUUUUACCAGUUUUCCUCCGGUUUUAGCUCCCAGUGUAUGUAUCCCUAAGAAAGAGGGGUAAAGGCAUCCGGCAGCAGCUUAAUAGCCUGUACCCAGAGGAGAGUGACCUAGACAGAUCCUUUUAUAUCCGAGCUUUGAGGCUGCCAAACCGGACACACCCAGACACGGUAAGCGCUGAGCACAUUUCAGAUACAGGAGCCACAGAUAAUUAAUACGUUCCCUUCCUGACGUCUCGGUCUAGUCAGCCACCCUCGAGACUUUGUGUGAAUCAAACUUUAAAUACUAGAUGAUCAGAGUCUCUCCCAGUGUUCCUUUACCUAUACAUUUACUAGUAAUAUAUCUAGCACUAUGUGUGAGGAGGAAGGUUAUAAAAACAGCUCAGUAUCAAUUAUCCCCAACUCUUUGACUAGUUUUUUAUUGUUAAUAACUAUAUCAUGCGUUUUGUUUUUUUGUUCUUGCAGCCUGUUGGUGAUGAGAGCAAAGCUCGAGUAUUGGAUAUUGUUGGGGAGAAGCCUAGUAAGUGUCUGAGCUGCUGAUAGGAGGGGUUUUGGGGUACAGAAUGGUAUGAAAGAUUAGUGUGUUGGGGUACAGACCAUUAAGAAGUCUCAGUGUGUGAGAUGGGUGUGAGUUUGUUGGGUUCCAGAAUGGUAAGAAAGAUGAGCGUGGUUGAGGUAGGAAGAAAUGUGAGGUCUUGCUGCAAUUUGUGAUAUAUUCUUUUAUCUGCCUUUCAUUCAGAGUUUGAUUUUGAGCUGCAAAACCAUCUCCAGCUUGGGGAAGAUCUUGAUAUCAUUCGUCAGCGGUAUGAAAAGUGAAUUUAUGCUAACCCUGAACUUGUAAUUCCUAUGUAGUUUGCUAUGUCAGCCAGAUCCCCUCUGCAUGAUUGAUAUAUCAAACCAGGUGGCUAUUUCAGCUUCUUACUACCUUACUGCCCCAAUGGGUUAAAUAAUCCUCCUUGCUGGACCUCAUUGAGUCCUGACCUACACAGGGGUUAUGGUGUGCAUUCACCAACACUGGCGGUCAGCAAUGGGGGAAACUGAAUAAAUGAAUCCUUGUUGUAACAAGCUCCUCCGAUAACCAACCGCAGGAUUGAACUCUGUAAUAAUGAUCAGUGAGCUCUGUGCUUCAAUUAACAAAAAUCUAAUUGGAUCGGGAAAAAAACCCAUAAGAUCCCAUUGAAUGCAGGAUCUAUGUGUUCAGGGGUCUGGUAGUGGUUCUGAUCAGAUGCCUUGCAGUCCAUAGAGUGUGUGAUGGCUACAUGUACUCUCCCAUGUAGUCCAUACUGGGGUGUGUUGUAUAUUAACCUGUUUCUGCUCCUUUUUUUAUGUAUUUAUUUCCUUUUUGUCCCAUUGUUUGCGAUGGUGUUCUUCCUGCGUCUCUUGUAUCACAUUUUGCUCCUAAAGUAUUAAAGAUGCAGAUGUUUUGCUUCACUUUUCUAUGGUGCUCUGUGAGCAGCUUUAUCAAGCAUUGUCUUUGUUUUAAGGAAAAUAUUUCAAAUUGUAAGUGUGGGGGUUGGUUUUCCCUUACUCUGUCUUCAUCAUUUGUCCUUUUUUGUGACUGUAAAAAUUAGCAGGAGCAAAAUAUCAAAAAAAAAUAAAAAAAUUCGACAAAUCAUUUGGGCGCAUUACAGAGGAGACACGAAUAAAGUCUCCACUAUAUAAAGAUGGAGCGACUGUUUUAUACAUUAGAAAAUGGCGCAUGUGCACAAAUGUGACUGAUUGUGUCCGUCUUACAAUAACCCUGUGUAGUCAUUUAGUACAUAACUACCAAACUCUCUGUAUGUAGGCUGAAAGCAGUCUUUCGAAGUGCUGGUCACGGACAAGGAAUAAUAUAUAUAUAUAUAUAUAUAUAUACACACACACACACCCACCCCCCAAACUGUUUUACCAUUUCAAUAAAGGGAUCGUUGACUGGCCGAGUAUGGCAUAUCUCCUCUAGUCUGUCUGAAGCUGAGCACGGCACACUCAGUUUAUCCUGUUACCUUCUCUUUAUAUACUGGUUUACUCAUUAAACUCGCAUCCUGUAAAAUCAGGUUGGCAUCAGAUUAGCUGAACUAGAAAAUGUCAGCUAUAGUAAGUACCUAGCUAUUUUACCCUAAAUUUGAAAAGUGCAUUUUAUUUGUCUGUAAUUAGUCAAUAAUUUAACUUGCUUUUAACCCCGCAAUCUCUUCCCCAUUAAAUAAUCUUUCAUUCCCACUUGUUACUCCGUCAUGUGAAAGUCUGCCUAUCUCUCCCUUUUACAAUCUGUAACUCUGUUUCAUGAAUUGUACACUAUCUGCUCACGUGUUUCAUUAGCUGAUUGGAGCCACAGGCAUUUUCCGCAGAAUAUUCCAUACCAUUGUGUAGGUUGGGUACACAGCAGCCCCCAGGCAGUGUUUUAGACUUCCAUUUUAUUGGAAGCAAAGAGGGAUUAAACAGCUGGUAUAAUUAAUCAUCCCUUUGUCCUAGAUUCCGUUACCAUUGCAAACCUACCUUAAUAUAAGAAAUAAUUACUUACCUUGCAAAGAAAGCCCACCAUCACUAAAGCCCCCAAGUCUAUGCCAUUUUUAAUGUCUGCACCUUCUUCCAGUCACUGCUGUGGGGAUAGUGACUUCUAUUUAGUGGCGGGACCUAAUAAUCACAGUUACCCAUUCGGAUGCUAAAAUCCUUCCUUGAUGGACCUGGCACUUAUUAAUAGAAUGUGACGGCAGAUAAGAACCAUUCGGCCCAUCUAGUCUGCCCAAUUUUCUAAAUACUCUCAUUAAUCCCUGGCCUUAUCUUAUAGUUAGGAUAGCCUUAUGCCUAUCCCACGCAUGCUUAAACUCCUUUACUGUGUUAACCUCUACCACUUCAGCUGGAAGGUUAUUCCAUGCAUCCACUACCCUCUCAGUAAAGUAAUACUUUUGCCCUUCUAAUUUAAGACUGUGUUCUUGUUGUGGUAGUUUUCCCUGUGGCAUAGUCUGUUAUUGAAGAUGAGUGCCACUAGUUGUUAUAAACGAAUCGCCUAUCACUGUUGAAUGACCUCGGCAAAGAAUCGUGAUUUAAAUGGGCUGUGAGCUCCUCUAUUCUUUAUUUUGGUAUAGCGCACAUUAUGUGACCAGGGGAAACCCUGAGUAUCGUAUAGUAAGAUUCAGAAUUCUUUCAUUGAUUUUUUUUUUUUUUGUUGUUGUUGUUGUUGUUGCAGACGCCUCUCCCAUGUGUCAGGUCACCGCUCAUACUACCUCCGUGGAGCUGGCUCCCUGUUGCAGUACGCUCUUGUUAACUUCACAAUUAAUAAACUUAUGAAAAAGGUGACCAGUCUCUCGCAGAUUGUACUGUAUUUCUAUGCCUUCUCAAUCUCUGCAUUUCAUCUUUUCCGUCUUUUCUUUAGGGAUUUAUUCCGAUGUCGGUGCCGGACAUGCUGAAAGGUGCCGUGUUUGUGAGUCCGUUUAUCUGAACCAAUAUCUAUCCUCCUCCUGUCCCGUUCUAUGAACUCGCAAUAAAGCACAAUAGGGAAGUGCAAACAAUGUAUUCUGUGCUCACUUUCCUCUUACUGCUCUAUUCUAUUUUCCUGCACAUUCUCGCUGCCCUUCUGACCACCUCCUGUUACUUUCUUCUCCCCCUCUUUCAGGAAGGUUGCGGCAUGCAGCCAGACGCUCAGAGUUCACAGGUUUAUAAUCUAGACCCCUCUCAAUUCCCUGAUUUAAACCUGGCUGGUACGUCUGAGGUUGGUAUUGCAGGUGGGUGUCUUUGAUAUAGAUCCAGAUUCACCCCUGUAUUUGGCAGAUUCACAUUUCAAACACUCUCUAAACCAUCUAUACUCCAGGUUACUUCAUGGAUCACGCACAGACGCUGUCAGACCUCCCCCUCCGGUGAGCUGCUCCCUCAAACCCGGCGUGAAUGGAUCCUGUAUUUUCCCUGGCUGUGCUAGGCUACCCAAUCAUACAAUUUAAACUUCAAGACGAUUUAGAUUUUAAGAAGAAAACCACAACUUUUAGUUCUCUUAGCGAUCAAAUGUACAAAAAUCUCACAUGUAUGUUCCAUUUCCACCCUGCUUUUCCUUGUUCCAAUCAGGUGUUGUAGUAGCACACUUUACCUUCUGCUCAUACUCUUCUGUAUCCCCUGACCUUUUCCAUUAUUAUGUAGUGAGAAUGGGAGUCUGUCCUCACUGCGUGCAGCAGCUUGCCUGCACGUCAUUCUCUUUUUAUCCCUCCAUCAGAGCUCUUCUUUCACUGUCCUCUCCUAAAUAACAGAGCCCACUGUUUCAGCAUCGUGAAUGCCUUUUAAUACUCUCUUCUUCCUCUUCAGGACAGUUUGCUGCAGCACGUGUUACAGAGCAGAGACUGACGCAGGACGGGAAACCUGGGGUCUUUACCGAGUUCAUCACUUCACUAAAGUCUGUACCUAGUCGCUGAAACUCACAGCAUGCAUCUGUGUCCAGCACCCCUGCCUCAUGCCUCUCAUUCUUACCUCCUCAGGUUGAGAUGUUUGGCGUCACAGCAAACGAGAGCGGCACGGAGAGCCAAGAGCUGCACAAUGAAUUCUUACAGCUGCAGAAAGAGAUCUUCUCUGAUCUCGGUUUACAUUUCAAGUGAGGAUCAGAGCACAAGCUAAUUGGGUGAUGUUCAGAGACAUGGCGGGCGACUGCAGACUGUUUGUAGGUUGACUCUGAAUACUAUGUAAAUGAUUCUUCCGCAGGGUUCUCGAUAUGCCAACGCAGGAGCUGGGGCGGCCUGCGUACAAGAAGUAUGACAUUGAGGCAUGGAUGCCGGCACGGGGGAGUUACGGCGAGGUGAGCAAAGCCGGUGCAGGGAAUGGAUUUUUUUUCUUCGCCUUCAGAUACAACGGGGUUAGGUAUAAAAAGUGUUAAGACUGGUGCAAAAAUUGAAAAUGGGGAGACAUGAGUGGAAUGUGCCUGCUGGUUUCACUGGUGAUUACCCCAAUUCUAGUACGUUUAGUCCACUUUUCCCAAUACAACACAUUUAUACAUACCUCCUGUAAUGAAACCAAGUGUAUUUAAACCUCAUUCUGUAGUUUCCUCCCGAACCGCCAAAGCCUUAGUGAUUAUAGCCCUCCGUUCGGUAGAUAGGGUAGAAGAAUCCUCUAGUAAUUCCAAUAGCUUCACCAGAUAAUUCCCUUAGAGAAACACACGAAUCCCCAAACAGCAGCCGAAGUCAAGAAGGGUACAAAAUGAACUGUCCUUUAAUGGGUGCACACAGCUUUUAUGCAAGUCCCCAUGCAAGGGGACAGCCCUCAGGGAGGGACAUACAAUAGCCAAUCAUAAACAGUAAAAUGUUAACACUCACCUCCAAUUCCCUCCCUUAGCCCAGGAGAUAAUUUAGUCUGAUAAAAUAGUAACUUAAUUAUCUCCGGGCUGAAAAAUCACUUUUUUCCCAAACUUUCAGAACACCCCUUUAUACUGGGGGUAUCCCCAUAAAUUAUGUGUCCCCUGAUCUGGGUGACCAACAUAUUCGAAUUUCACCCAGAUCGGUUCAGGGGUUCGCAAAUUUUAUGGAAGUCUUGUGUGACCGGCUCACCCUGGGCUGCAUGCCCAAAACAGUUCCACGAAUUUGGUGGGUUUUGCCGGUCACGUUCAAAAAACAUAAAAACGAAGAAAAGUACAGAAUGGAUCCCUCUGGCUCCUAGCAGUGUUCGUGCCUCUCUGUCGAAUGCACCAAAUUACCGAAUAGCGCUCUUCUAGCUAUUCGGUAAAUAGAGUUCCAGCGUUCGUCUGUUUGGGACCGGUGUUCGGGAAGUCGAGUGUCCGCAUAACAGUUCCAUGCACUCGACGACCAGGUCCCGCUGCCUUUGUUCGCAUGAACAAAGAUGGCCGUGGUUUUCUCUGCCACGUGGCGUUCGGCUAACGAACGCUGACCGCACAGACAGAUGUAGCAAUUUCACCUUGAUGUUUAAUGAGCCAGAGGGUGGUCCCAGUUCGGUAGUUUCAUCUACCGAAUGCAAUAGGCAGUACAUAAAGAAUAAAAAGGGAAUGCACACUGUAUAUCACAUAGGAAUAGGGGGAUUCCUUCACACCUCCCAUUAUGAGAGGAGGAUGGGUGAUUUGGUGUCUACAGCAUACACACUAGACAUACUUGAAAACUAGAGAAAUCUCCAUGUAUCUUUACUGGUAAAAUAUUUUAUAAAUAAAUAAUAAAAAAUAUAUAUUAUAAAUGUCAGAUUUUGUAACUUUGUUAUGACCACAAUAAUAACAACAACAAAGUGUUUAACCAGGAAAGGUACAUUCAGAUUACUCUGGUUUUCAAGUACGUCCUGGGGAUGUUACCUUAGCCCAACAUCCAGGGGAUGUUACUGUUACCCUAUUUAAUAGUACUCAUUUUAUCUACCUCGGAAGGAUGAAGGGCCGAGUCAACCCUGCCGGGAUUUGAACCUGCGACCCAAGGGUUAAACAGAUUCUACUGAGGAAGCAUUAGCCCACUGAGAUUAAAGAGAAACUAAACUGUGUAUAUUUUGUAUGUGUAAGACACCAGUAUAUAUCAGAAAUGUGUUUUAAGUGGGGGGUUUUCUCUACCCUCUUGUGCAGUCAUGCAUAUCAUAAAAUCAUCCCCAUAUCAUUAAAUCUCCCUUCCCAGAUGGGUCCAGUAUGAAUCUACCAGAAAUGGCUCCAAUAUCUGAAUAACUCUGUCUUAAAGAAAUAUGAAUGUUUAAAUUUUUUUUGUUUUAGUCAAGUGUCUUUCUUUUCGGUCCUGUAAAUGUUACUUGGCAAAUCUACACUUUAUUUUAGAAUUCUUUGACACUCUUAGGGUUUUGAUAAAGUCCAAAGACUCUCUGGAUUAGCAAAAUUCAGCCCACAGCACCAGUUAGUUUAUUUAUUUUCUACCUAAGAUUUCAAGUGCGUCAAACUGCACAGACUACCAGAGUCGGCGACUGAACAUCAUGUACCGCACCCCGAAAGGAGAGCUGCGACACGCACAUACAGUGAGUCCACAUUUUAUUCAUACUUUCUGCUGCACAUGGUCACUGUAUGUUCCAUUAACUGGACUGUGCUCUUUCAGGUUAAUGGCACGGCCUGCGCUGUACCACGUCUUCUCAUCGCCAUUCUUGAGUCUUACCAGUUAAAGGUGAUUGUUCCCACACCGAUCACAAUGUGCAGUCUGCCUGGCUUUACUUACCCUGCUCCUUGCACUCUGAGCAGUUUCAUUCUCCAUUCUUUUUCUGUUUUCUCUCUGCAUCUGCAAUGCCAUACUUUGUCCUUCCCAACCUUUAUUAUAGUGCUUUGUGUCUUCCCACAGGAUGGACGAGUUCGCGUCCCAGCUAUCUUGCAACCAUUUAUGGGGACAGAUAUUAUUGAAAGACCACCCUACACCCCUGCAGAAUACAUUGGACCAGACCAGCGAAAAUUCACGGGCAAGCCACAGAAGAGUGUAGAUUGAAGCUGGAUUGGUCGGGUUUGUCAUGUGGCACAGACAUCAGAGACUAUGUGGACAUCGCUUAAUAAGACGGCCACAUGUGCAGUGACUUGUUGAAAUCUGGGCUAGGUGGGGCUUAUAACACAGGCGCAUUAGGGUGUGGAUUCAUGUGAUCGUGGGUCAGUCUGUGGGAAAGAUGCAAUCCCAGGUGGAUUGGUGGAACAAACGUGACAGGGUGUGGAUUGGUGAGAUACUGGUUGGAUGAGGCUGAAAGACAGAUACAGACUUGCUUGCAUUGCUAUUAUUGUGACUAUGGAGGAUGAGAUCUCCAUGCCAUUUAACUCAAUGGCUGACAAUGUAGUUUAAUACAACUUGUCAAUAAACCUUCCUGGCAGCCUAAAACAGGCUGUUUGCUUGCGACAUUGUCCUGGGUACAGUUCAAUUUAGUUUUAAAGCCCCGGGCCUACUUUUCUCCAAAACAGGUGGCAGACACAUACCCUCAGGACGCCAAUUUCCACACAAUAAAAUAGCAGGCGCACCUGCCAGGGAUGGGUCACAGACAAUGGCGAGUAAACGCAGGGAAACUGGCUCCUAUUGCACUUAACGCUGUCUGCCAGGGACGCUGCAUGUUAACCUGUUAGUGACUGGAGAGCUGAGCUCUAACGUGUUAUUUAUAAACAACCGACGCUUUGAGCAGAGAUGUUAUGUUGAUACAUUGCACAGAAUGCCCACCUGGUACAGCCCAUCUCAGGACAGACGUUUAUUACCAGCUGCCUACGAGCAAGCGGGAUAUUGGCAAAACCUGAGCAGUUUGUGCUUUAUAAAGACUGGUCUGGCACCGCUUAUUUAAACAAGCUGAUGUGUUCUACUUCUGAUUAUUAUAAAAACCAGCAGACGGAGUGUUUGAUCUUCUCUAACAUUUAUUUUGCAUGUGUUUUAGGUUUUUGUAUUCUCUGUGUUUUGGUUAAUGCAUUUUAUCAGCUAAUCCAUGUAAAACGCCAGAUUCUGGGAUCAAACCGAGAGCAAGCUAGCCGUUAUUCAUAUUGUGUGGGACGAGAGCAGAGCUCUGAUUUUUAUGCUCCCUCCACCCGAAAUGUGGCUAAGAGCUCUUCCUGUGCGGUCUGCCUUUUUACAGAAAUCCGGCGGAGGGUGGGAUCACGGCUGGACGGGGCAGUUAGAUCAAUAUAAAUAUUCCGUGGAUGGUGGGAUCAGUGCUGGACGGGGCAGUUAGAUCAAUAUAAAUAUUCCGUAGAUGGUCAGAUCAGUGCUGGACGGGGCAGUUAUAUCAAUAUAAAUAUUCCAUGGAUGGUGAGAUCAGUGCUGGGUGGGGCGGUUAGAUCAAUAUAAAUAUUCCAUGGAUGGUGAGAUCAGUGCUGGAAUGGGCAGUUAGAUCAAUAUAAAUAUUCCAUGGAUGGUGAGAUCAGUGCUGGGUGGGGCGGUUAGAUCAAUAUAAAUAUUCCAUGGAUGGUGAGAUCAGUGCUGGAAUGGGCAGUUAGAUCAAUAUAAAUAUUCCGUGGAUGGUGAGAUCAGUGCUUGGUGGGGCAGUUAGAUCAAUAUAAAUAUUCCGUGGAUGGUGGGACCAGUGCUGGGUGGGGCGGUUAGAUCAAUAUAAAUAUUCUGUGGAUGGUGAGAUCAGUGCUGGACGGGGGCGGUUAGAUCAAUAUAAAUAUUCUGUGGAUGGUGGUAUCAAUAUACCGUUGAUGGUGAGAUCAGUUCUUGGUGGGGAAUUUAGAUCAAUAUAAAUAUUCCGUGGAUGGUGGGAUCAGUGCUGGACGGGGCGGUUAGGUCAAUAUAAAUAUUCCAUGGAUGGUCAGAUCAGUGCUGGACGGGGCAGUUAUAUCAAUAUAAAUAUUCCAUGGAUGAUGAGAUCAGUGCUGGGUGGGGCGGUUAGAUCAAUAUAAAUAAUUCAUGGAUGAUGAGAUCAGUGCUGGAAUGGGCAGUUAGAUCAAUAUAAAUAUUCCGUGGAUGGUGGGACCACUGCUGGACAGGGCAGUUAGAUCAAUAUAAAUAUUCUGUGGAUGGUGAGAUCAGUGCUGGACGGGGCGGUUAGAUCAAUAUAAAUAUUCCAGUGAUGGUCAAAUCAGUGCUGGGUGGGGCGGUUAGAUCAAUAUAAAUAUUCCGUGGAUGGUGAGAUCAGUGCUGGACGGGGGCGGUUAGAUCAAUAUAAAUAUUCUGUGGAUGGUGGUAUCAAUAUACCGUUGAUGGUGAGAUCUGUUCUUGGUGGGGAAUUUAGAUCAAUAUAAAUAUUCCGUGGAUGGUGGGAUCAGUGCUGGACGGGGCGGUUAGGUCAAUAUAAAUAUUCCGUGGAUGGUCAGAUCAGUGCUGGACUGGGCGGUUAGAUCAAUAUAAAUAUUCUGUCGAUGGUGGGAUCAGUGCUGGGUGGGGCAGUUAUAUAUGUAACGGACCUCCUGUACUCCAACUGAGUACCUCUGUUUGAUGGAUGCUCCUAGUCCUUCACGAGGGCUCCAAGCACUCCACUAGACACCAUAACCACCGCAGACACCACAAACCGCCGCAGCUUGGUUGGGGUCUCGCCGUCUUCCUCCUACUCAGGGCUCAAGACCAGGGACCAGUUUUCGGUAGAUAGACCUCUCCUAAAUCCAGAGAGCAGGAACAGGAACAAGAGCUUACUCUGGGGAGUAUAGUGAUUAUAGCAAUCCCCAGAGUGAAUUCACCAAUCCCCCAAACAUGAGCCGAAACCUCAUGAAGGUAUAAGAUGAUCUGUUUAAUGAGCACAAACGACAUUCCUUUUAUACACAUUUUCAGGCCAGAGGCACACCCCCUGGACCUGGUAGUAAACUGGCACAAAAGGGACACAAACCAAUGGGAACACUAAUUAACACAAUAACACUCCAACAUACACAGUAAAAUCCCUCCCCUCUAUCCUGGAGAUAAUUGGUUUAAGUAACCGUAGUAAACUCAAUUAUCUCCAGGUACAGAACAUAUCUCCAUUUACAAUAACAGUAAAAAUACAUAAUUCCUAUUAUACUGAACAGAACCCCCACAUUCAACCUAUCCCCAGAUAGUUCGGAUCUGAGUGCUCAAUAUAGGCGAACAGCGCUCAGAUCCCACGAACAGAAUAACUUUUCCAUGGGGUUAGAGUUGUGUGGAAGCCUCUUUUGACCGACCGCACGCAGGAUUUCCUGCCCAAAAGAGUUCCAUAGAUUUAGGCUGUGCGGUCAGUCUAUUUAACACAUACGCGUUUGGCUGAAUUAAAAUGGCCGCCGCCACUUAUUCGUUUGUUGAAUGGCAACUACUUCGGCUGCAUCCGAAGUGCCAUAUAAAAAGUACCAAUCCUUUCCCAAAAUAUUUAAAGGGCCAGCAACAGUCUUUUAAAAGUCCAUGAGCCCAAAUGGGGCCUUUAAAGGGCCAUAGUCACAUGGUAAGAGGCUGGCAAGCAGGCCUCUCCAAGAAAAAGUGGCAAAGGGCCACUUUUAUAAUGGUGAGAUCAGUGCUCGGUGGGACAGUUAUAUCAAUAUAAAUAUUCCGUGGCUGGUGAGAUCACUGCUAGACGGGGCAGUUAGAUCAAUAUAAAUAUUCCAUGGAUGAUGAGAUCAGUGCUUGGUGGGACAGUUAUAUCAAUAUAAAUAUUCCGUGGAUGAUGAGAUCAGUGCUUGGUGGGACAGUUAUAUCAAUAUAAAUAUUCCAUGGAUGGUGAGAUCAGUGCUGGACAGGGCAGUUAGAUCAAUAUAAAUAUUCCGUGGAUGGUGAGAUCGGUGCUGGACGGGGCAGUUAGAUCAAUAUAAAUAUUCCAUGGAUGGUGAGAUCAGUGCUUGGUGGGACAGUUAUAUCAAUAUAAAUAUUCCGUGGAUGGUGAGAUCAGUGCUGGGUGGGGCAGUUAUAUCAAUAUAAAUAUUCUGUGGAUGGUGGGAUGCUGGACGGGGCAGGACUGAUCAGUGUAAUCGCAAUCAAUCCCUGGAACAGUCGACGAGGAGGAUGUGAUCAUUUGUUGUGGUUUUUUUUUUGUUUUGUUUUUUUAUCCAAGUGAAGUUAAAUCUCUUAAAAUGUAUAAUUCAUGCCCUGCCCCACAAAUAUAAUGGGAUUCACUUUGACUUUGCUGGUUCUUUAGUUAUACAAGUGUCUGUGAAAACAAUAAAUAAUAAUAAUCAGAUUGGACCAUUUUGUCUCAGUAUUGAAAGUCUAUUUUUUUCACCUUACUGUAAUAAUCUGUAACCGGGGCUUCUUUUAGUAAGAUAUAGUAAUUGUGAUAGUGUGUAGACACGGACAGAUAUAAG